UUAGUAAAGAACGCAAAAUCCGUUUUCGUAUUUAAGAAUCCAAUGUUGGAUUUUCUUAAAGAAACGCAUUCAUGCUGGUCAUAUCUUUUCAUGGUCCUAACUUACUGUUACAAAGAAACUACUUGUAAGGCCCCAGUUAUAUGGUCUCGGGUAACCGAGACAACCCUAGCCCCAAGGCAACUUUAGCGAGCGUUUAUAUGUGAAAACGUACUCCCUGUAGGCCGAGUCAAAGUUGACCCUGCGUGAUUAUUCAUAACCCUUAUUGAAUAAUCAAAUGUGCAAAUAUCCCUCUUUUUUGGAGUUUCUCUCGAUCAUUCGAUCACAGUGGGUUUUGCUGAGUUAAUUUUCACUUCUUUGAUAUGAAUUUCUGCUUUAAAUCCUAAAUCUAGGCAAUACGUGUCACUCGCCACGCCGAGCGAUGUCCCGGUUAGGCGAGCCAAAGCGUUGAUAUGAAGAAAAGUUGUCUCGCUUGCCGGGGUUACCUUACCUGCCGAGGCGAGACAACUCGCCCACCCGAGUUGUCUCGUCCCCCGAGACGGGUUCACGAUCCUAAUGUAAACGGUUGGUUGAAUUUUGCAAAGAAACAAGCUAAAAGUUACCUCGGCCAGGGUAACUCGGGGGAAGGCUUGUCUCAGGUACCCGAGACCAUAUAAAUGAGGUCUAAGAUAUAUUAGAUACACUUGACUGUUUAUUGUAUUUCAAUUGGGCCCUAAAGCUGACCAGUUAUCAUAAGAAAUGCGAUAUUAGAAAGAAAUCUACGUUUGCACUGCCUCGAAAAUUAAGUUACAAAAUGACAACUAAUUUUCUGUCGAUUUUUAGAAUCUCCCACCGGUUUACAAACUUUAUGUGAGAGUCUUGUCGUUACUUCAGAUAAGUCCCUCUGUGCUACUCAAGAGGAUCAAGCUAAGAAAUAAAGAUUCCCAAAAGGAUGUGACAACCUUCGCUACUUUUACCGUCUAAAUUAAGGAGGUUACUAAUUUCUGCCGUGCAGAAACGAGGACAGCAAUGGUUGGGAACCUCGAUCUUUUUAGUGAUAAAAUUAAACAGACGCUUACAACAAAACUGAAUCUCAGUACUGGUGUUAUUUAGUAUCAAUUACAGGUCAUUUUGAACUUUUUUAUUUCACAUGUAGCACAGGCACUGACGCAUUCAAUUCAAUAUGAAUCCCAAGUUUUGGCUCUCAGUUGCGUUCCUGAUGUCCCGGAUCGGUGUAUUUCAAGCUGCUGUCCAAUGCCAAACAGCGGAAUACUCAAUUGGAGGAAUGUUCCUCAAGGGCCACACCUUUAAAACAAGCAAGGUUGGAUGGCCUGGAGGGUGCUAUUUGAUGUGCGAAGAAGAGGUCACGUGUCAAAGCUACAAUUUCGUCAUUGGUCAUAAAGUCUGCGAACUGAACAAUCGAACCAAGGAAGCGAGACCUGAAGAUUUUAGGCCGGAUCAGACAAGGUUCUACAUGAAAAGGGCAAAAAACAGAGUCCCGCUUGGUUCCAUUCAAGAGCUUCCUGCUGAAUCAUGCAGUGAGAUCAAGGCCAGUGAAGGAAAUGAGAUGGUUCACGGGGAUUACUGGAUAUACUCUGACGAGAAUGAUCAGAAAAUCCUGGCUCGCUGUGAAGAGAACUGGCAGAAAUUAAACACAGAACUCGUUUGCUUUGGGGCGCUAAAUGACCAGUACGGCGCCUUUAACAUCACGAAGAGUGGACUUCUCAAGACGAUGAAGCUCAUCCGCAAGUCGGGCUCGGUCAGAUGCAACCCGAGAUACCCGGAAUCCUUCUGGGGCUGCUCAAAUGUACCAUGGUAUGGCAAGAACAGCUUACAGACUAUCAUUACCAAUGCAAAGAAAGAAGCCAUCCUGCCACCUGCUGGAGACCUGAAAUUACACGGGUGUAACAACAAAACACAUUUUUACAGUCUUAAUGGAACUACCCACACAUCUCCUGAGCUCAUUUUCCCGGACCUUCCUAACAAGCUGCCUGUGUCACGCAAUCAGGAGUUGCAGAUAUGGUACGGACAGGAUUGGAGGGAUUGUAGUGAAGAUAACAACGAUGGCGCAACGUGUGUUGAUGUGUAUGCGUGGUACGCUUUAACAUGAGUAUCUGACUUAUCCGAAGCAGUAAGUGCUUAUAGCCACUGAAAAAUUAACGUAAACGCUGCUCAUAUUUAUCUUCUCUUGUAUUGAACCUUGUAACUUAGCGCAUAAAUGCAGGAAGACAUUCACGGAAUGGAAUGCUAAGAAUUGUAGAAAUAUGAAAGUAGCGUCGAGCAAUUACCAAGACGACGAAGCAUUGUAUGAACUAUACUUUUUUUACCUGGCUGUAAGGGCUAAUGUAGUAAUUACACAUCUAGGCUGUCACGAAUAGUUUUUGAAGCUCUACUCUUUCUUCAACAGCAUUCUCAUUCCAAACUACAGUACAUGUAUCAAACAUUAAGUAUAAAUAGCAAUAGUUAUCGGAAUGUAUGUUAAUUAGUUUAUACAUUUGCAUUCUUUGUAUCAAAAUUUACUAUUCUUGCUGUUAAAAAUAUUAAAAAAAGAUGUUGAAUGUUUGUAGUGCUCGAUGCGCUUAGCUACAACUACCUACAGUUCUCAGGCAUGCCACUUAAGGAAAAGCACAUUUUUUUCCAAAACUUUCUUUUUUAUCCAUAAAUCUGUUCAACUGACUUAAGUCUCUAACGAGCAACAUUUGGGCCGGUAAAUGAUCUUAUGCAUUUUAGCUUAACCAUAACAGGCUUAAAAAUCCCAACAGGUGGGAGGCACUCCAUUUGGCUAUUUACAAGCAUAACAGAGGAGUUGAACUAGGGUCUGUCGGAAAGCAACUCCAGCUUUAAUAGUGGUCAGAGCGAGACUUGAGCCCGCGACCUCCGGAUUUCAAGUCCGGCGCCCUAACCACUCGGCCACGCUACCUCCACAGAUGUUACAAGAUGCCUUGUCUCCAGGUUGAAGUUCAUUUUCGUGGACAGGUCUGCUAUCCUGUAAUGCAUGUACCAUAGUUUUUCCAGAGCACUGACUUCGUUCAGGCUCUAAUACUGGUCUCCUUCACCAUGUGCAAAUCUUGACUGGUAACCCGCCUCCUGGCUGAAGAGCUGGCGAGUGCUAGACAAGGAUUUAAAUUUACUGAUUAAAUAUCGGCCGUUUAGCGAUUGAACCGUUGUUGAUGUAAUGUUUAAGAAAGUACCUGUAGUCAAUAUUUUAGGUUCGUUAGUAAAACUAGUUACAAGUUGUGAUUUAGCUCUGUAUUGACGUGGCAAAAGCAUAAUCUAUAUUGAAAGACCAACCUUUCUAGAACUUUCUUGGAAAAAACAUGAAGGCGUGAGUUCACCGCGCUGUAACAUCACUUUUCAUUGAGUGUUUUCUUUAUUUGGAAAUUUCACUACGUGUUUAGCUGAUGCGAUUGACAAGCAGCCGUUACUAUACAACAACGCAAUAACAAUGGGCGAGGGAGGAGGGUACUUCCGUAUAUUUGGAGUAGGUGCCGCGAAAAGUUUUACUGAACCUCAACCCAAAGCCCUAAGAACGAGGUUGACUAAACCCCGACCCUAUUUGAAGACGAUCCAAUUGAAAAUUGAUACCCUAUUUAAGGCCCAAACCAAGAGGAAAUGCAAACCCAAAACAUGGCACCCUGUUCAAACAAAAAAACAAAAACUAAGAAUGGCCUGAACAGGUCAACUUUAUUUUGUUUUGGUAACAUUGGAAGUUAAGUAUCAAGCAGAUAAUUUGUUUUUCGUUUCGCUGGAAAUUUACGCACUGGAAUUUUAGUUAAUAUAAAUUAUACCCUGUCUAAGGAUUAGGCGGAAGGUGGGAGAUGAUUGACAGUUAAGGCUUCACAUCGGACGGCUCUCAGUGAAAAGCCUUUCCCGAAGAUGGCAGCUUUCUAUUCCAUGUCAGUGUAACUAAACCGACCGCGGAUGAACGGAUGAAGAAUAGGAACGUGAAGGAAGACUAUCUUCCGUGAUGUAUGUGGAAUUUCGAGGCGAUUAGAGCAUUUGGAGACCUUUCCCUUCAGUGGACUCGUUAGGCUGGGAUCACUCAGUACCCAAACUUUGGAAAGGAUAUCCAGAGGACAAAAUAGUGAAGCUGACUGAAACCAUCUAAACGUCCAUAAAUUGACCCAUAACCGGUAGGUGAGAGAGCUUCCUGUAAUAAAAAUUAUUAUUUAUUUAUUUAUUUAUUUAUUUAUUAUUUACAAACCUUCCACGCCAAACAAGGAAACAUGCCUCAAGCACGGUACGUAUAUUUUAUUUAUACUCCUUCCUGUCUCUAAGACUUAAGAAUAGGACCGUUUUUCCUGGCCAUACAAAUUAUUAUAUUUCAACUGUUUUGAGACUUCAGUAUUACUGCAUUGUACGGA